AUGGACAAACUGGCCGUAACAGCAGCCGAUAAAAUGUUGGUUUGGUUGAGAAUGAAAAACAAAGGAAACCCGAGUUUUUAAGAAUGAAGACGGCUGGAGCGGUUGGGAUUUGCAUAACCGACGCUCGAGGACUUGUUCUGAUUGCCCGAGGAACUUUGACGGUUGAUAGUUAUUAUUUAUUAUAAACUUUUUUUCAAGAAAAACUCACGAUUUGUUUUAUUGUAUUUCAGUUUUGCAAAGAAAAAAAAACGCCACCGGAGUUUUUUGUAUAUGAAAAUGACGCUUGGAAAAAUUUUGUUUUGAGCAAAACAGUUGUUUUAAAAUUUUUGAAAUUAUUUUUUAAGUUGUUACCUUUUGAGAAUCUGGUCUUUUAGGAUUCCAACGUUAGCUCAAUGGCUGCAACAGUGAUGACCAAUGCCAGAACUCUCCAUGGCCACAACUUCGACGCCGAAAACGUCCCCUUCGUCGUCCUCAACUCUGACGGCCACGGAAAGGUAUACUCUCUUUAUUUUUCUAUUUUUGGAGGUUCUGAAAGGAAAUUGAGGAGCUUCCGAGUGCAGAUUUAAUGUCGUGUUCAAAGUAAUUUCCGCGAAAUGCAAAAUGAUCUCUGACUCUCCAAAAUUUAGUGAUCUUUUCCUUUCUCUAACGGGUAUUUUGCAUUUCGCGGAAAUUACUUUGAACACGGCAUAACUAUUUUUUAGUGUGGAGAAAAAAUAUCCUCGCUGCGAUAUAUGAUUAAUCGAGAAAGCGCGUUUGAAAGAAAGAUUAAUGUUAAAUUCAACAAACUAUAUAAUUUAUUUAUUUCUUAUUACAGUUCCUCGUCUACAAUGCUUGUGGAGAGACGAUUGCCCUCCAUUUGGUCAAGUAACUUCCAUGACCUCUCCGGCGGUAUCUUGCUUUCAGAGUUUAUGUUUAAUUUUCAAACUCCUCGGUUUCACUUUGCGGCGGAAAGUUUUCAAUAUUUCGAAAACUUAUUUCCAAUGUUUUUUUGCUCCUCUUGUACUUAGUUUUUCAACCGCCUUAUGCUAAUUUUGUGAAGUUGAAAUAUUUUUUCGGACGAAAACGUGUACAAGUACCUCCUUGUGAUUUUGCAAGUGAAUUUACCCGUUGAAUUAAUGAAUUUUUUCCGGAAGGUUGGUGGCUAUUCAUGAAAUUGUUCCACUGUGUGGGUGGGCGUCCAGCUGAUAGUCUUGCAAAGUUUCUGUCUAGAGCCCUGCAGCGUUACUAUAGAGACGACAAGAGAGGUUUCAUUUCAACGACUUUUGCGCGGAACGCAUUCGGAAAAAAGUUAUCACCGAUGGGAAAUUUGAAAGUCAGAUCCCACGCGUGCCACACGGGUUAUUAGCUUCUGUCUCUCUUGAUUGCGAGUUAUGCUCACCGGCUUUCUCGUUUUGCUUCUGACUCGACAUUCAACGGAAUUGGGUUUGUAUCUGAUGAUAAUUGAAACUCGGAAAUUUUGAGAGAGGUCAAUUUCAAAAAGAUAAAAAUUGACUCAAUCCUAAGCAAGAAAGUAUAAACAUUAUAAACCUCCGCUUUCGUUCACGAUAAGCGCUAAUGGGGUGUAUUGAGAACGCCAUGUUCGACGGAAAUUUUUUUAAUUCGAAAAGUUUCUGGACGUUUUAGUGCCUUCAGAUUAAGCCUGUCCAGACAUGUCCCUUUUUCGAAGUUUCCAGGAAUGGCGUGCUGUUAGCCGAGAGAUGUAAGACUGUCUUAGAAACUGCAGAGGGGUCCCUAUAAGAGAACACUUACGGACCCUUGGAGAGUCCCCUCUAGGGAUCACUUCACCAAAACCUAUAGGAACCACUAAAACUUGCCAAAAAGCCCUUAUAUGGGAAAGCUAGUCGAUAAUUGUUAUGAACUCUAAGAGAAGAAGCAUUUCCAUGCGAAAAAACUGAAUUAAAAAAAAUCUUUUUUUGGAUGAAAUCGAAAUACUCACUCCUAUAAGGGUCACUUGAGCUUUAGGGACUAUGAGGUCGGACUCUUAACCCCUAUAGGGGUCAUCUUAACUUUGCCUUUAUAGGAUCACUUUUUCCGCCCCUCAAGGGACUGUUUUCCUGUGGACCCCUAUAGGGGCCAGUCUGGAAUUCCUAAGGUUGUCUAACUUCAAAAACGCAAAAUAAAGACUUGAAAAAUUUACAGAAUGCGAGUGCGCAAAAUGUGGAAUUGACAAGUUGCCUGAUGGCUGUACAACGAUUCGAGGACAUGUUGCGCUUGGAUUUGAAGCGGACAUGCCACCCUACGAUGUGCGGUUUUCAUCAAAAAAACUUUUUGUAUUAGAUCUGUAGAGCAGACAAAUUAAGCCGAAAGAAAUUUUUUUCAGUAUGAGCUCCAAAAAGAAUUAGAUUCCUUCUUCAACUUUAACCUAUGAGAAAGUUAUUUUCGAGUGUUUAUCUGCUCAUUUUUUGAAAAAAGGAAAUGAAAAUGAAAGUAAGUUUUUUUUUCUAGCUGGUUGCGUUCAAACUGAAAAACGUGACAAAAGUCGUUGGAUGCGUGACCAUCACCAACACGGUAUACACGUCCCUGGAGAUGUUGACCAAUUUGCGAUCCAUCCAGUUUGCCAACCGAGUGGAGGCCAUCAGCUGCAACAGUAUGUAG